AUGGAACAUAGCACACGCAGGCCUUUUCUGUUGGGCACGAGCGAGGUGGCGGCCUUGGUUAUCCUGGCGGGUGGCUUUUAUAUUGGCAGCGGGGCGGCCGAGGUUUGGCUUCUUGAAAAGCCAGCGCGCGGCGCCGCAAAUGAAGGCGCUGCGGCUUUGGACAUGCAGGCGCGCGCGCCCCCGGCCCGGCGUCGCCAACAUUCCCCCGCCGGAUGGGAAGCGGCCCUGCAUGUUUUGGAGGCCUUGAAGACCCCUCGCGCCAACUACAUGGAGACGGGAGCCGGGCAGGCCCGCGCAAGAGGGCGGACGCAGCAGCGACCGGAGCUGGGGGCGGCGCGGGUUGUUUUGCUCGACCGCUUGCCCGGCAUAGUCAGUGGAGCGGGCCGCACGAAUGGGGCCAGGAUUUUGCCGCGCUGGGCCUUGGGUGGUUGCGAGCCGG